AAAUUUAGAAAAAAACUACCGAAUCGUAUUUCCUAUUUUUGAUAAUAAAAACGUAACGUGGAAUACCAUAUGUUUUAAAUUUAGCUGUAAUUUUCAGCUGAACAAUGGUACAAAAAGGGCACAAAAAGAAGGAAGGAGGAAAAGAUCUGGGCAAACUGAUACACGAACAUGAUGCCAAGUUGAAGGGCUCAUUGCUAUGGAAUAUUUUGAAGCAAUCUGUUUUUGCAAUUAUAGUGGGUAUAUUGGCACUGUGUUUGUUUAACUAUAUGGAUACACAGGUACCAGAAGGAGUUACGGAAGUAUGGAGCGCCAGAAUACUAGAUACAUCACUCAGAACAAUGGGCAAAGUGAUCCUCUACUUGAAUAAUUUUGGCGUACACGGAGGUGUGUGCAGAUUUACAAGAAAAGGGGUUGAUAUGAUGCUAACAACACUGAUCACCGGAAGUCCAUUUGGUUUGGGUUCAGAUCCAGAACUAAAGAUAUAUGAUACAGAGUUUGAUGGAGUUGGUGUGAGAGUUUAUGAACCUGUCAAUCUUAAAUCAAACAAAAGACCAGCAUUAGUGUAUUAUCAUGGCGGUGGUUGGUCCUGGUUAUCUGUAGAUGUGUAUGACGGAGCAACAAGGGCAUUAGCUAAGCGAGUUGGUAUGGUUGUAGUUUCUGUGAGUUACAGACAGUCGCCAGAGCAUCCUCAUCCAAUACCCUUCGAAGACUGUUUAACUGCAACUAAGUACGUCGUCAAUAACGCAAAAUCUUUACAUGUAGAUCCGUCACGUGUAGCUAUUUCCGGUGACAGUGCAGGAGGCCACUUAUCAGCAGCCGUUGCUAUGGCAAUGAAGAAAGAAAUCAAAAUUUCCGUCCCAAUUUACCCUUGUUUACAAUUAUUUGAUCUACAAACACCGUCAUAUAUUGAAAAUAAAGAUUACAUUCCAGGAAUGCUUACCGAUGUGUCCAUGUUGACCUAUUGGCUAAAUUAUGGAAAUAUCAGUUACAACUAUAUUGAUGAUAUCUUAGCUAACAGACACACGUCUCAAAAACUGAAAGAAUCAUUGUAUGCUAAAUAUGUUAGUCCAGAUUGGUACAUGACGGAACAUAUAAGAACACCAAGUUUACGAAAUAUGAAGAAAAAAACAAAUUUUGGAAAAACUGAAUUAUCAGAUAAAAUACAAGAGACAAUUUUAAACCCUGAUUUUUCACCUCUGAUGGUGCCGGACGCAAAAUACAAAGACUUGCCGCUUACAUAUGUGUUAACAGCCGGAUAUGACGUUUUACGUGAUGACGGACUAAUCUAUUAUCAGCGCCUAAAAAAGGCUGGUGCUAAAGUGCAUUUGGCACAUUAUGCAGAUGGUUUCCAUGGUAUGAUUUUCUUUUUUGACGGUCCCAUGCCAUUUCAAGUAGGAAUUCGUGCAAUGAAUGACCUUGUGCAAUUUUUGAAGAAAAAUUUAUGAUAAGGUGCUCAAUAUUUUAAAGAUCUGUUAUUGUCUAGAUUAUAGAUUUAUAUGCAAGGGAAUUGUAGCGAAGAAAUAAAAAUAUCUAAAAUA